AUGACGGAUCACGAGAACUCGAGCAUCAGACACAAUGACCACUUGCUCUUGGACCAACCUCUUCUACGCCUCCCCAACGAGCUGCUACGCAAAAACUUCCGAGCCGCACACUUCGCCAUCGAAAAGGACACCUCGACGCUCAAAACGCUCCUCAAAGACUCCGCGACCUCAGCCAUCUCCGGCCGGGCCUCGCAGCAAGAUGUGCUCAAGAACCUGGACGCCAUGAUUAGCCGCAUGCGUGGCGUGAAGCGCAAGCUGGGCGCCUACGCCGAGGAGGAAGGCCGGCUGCACACCCAGACCGCGGCGCGGAUACAGCACCUGGAUGAGCUUUAUACGAUGCACAGCAUAGAAGACGUCAAGUACGAGGCUUGGAGUAGGAAGAGGCUGGAUCGGCUGCUGGCGGAUUACCUGCUGCGGCAUGGGUACAACAAUAGUGCAAAGGAGCUGGCGAGCGAGAAGAACAUGGAGAACCUGGUGGAUGUCGACACUUUUGUUAGCAUGAGCCAGAUUCGGGAGGCGUUGCUGAAUGGGAGCGUUACUGAGGCGUUGGCUUGGUGUACGGAGAACAAGAAGGAGCUUCGAAAGAUGGAGGUGCCUAACCUAUACUCUCACUCACAGAGCAAGCUUGAAUUCAUGCUUCGCUUACAGCAGUACGUUGAGCUCAUCCGGACUCAGUCGCAGCCGAAACUCGUCGAGGCCAUUGCCCACGCCAAGAAAUAUCUCAUGCCUUACUGGGGCACGUACCCCAAGGAAGUCAAACAGGCAUGCGGCCUCCUGGCCAUCCCCCCGGAUAGUUCAUACGGCAUCUACAGCGAUUUAUACAAAAACUCUCGCUGGAACGAGCUCGCCGAUCUAUUCACCACCACCCACAACAGCCUCCUAUCUCUACCAUCCGUGCCGUUGCUCCACGUUGCCUUGUCAUCAGGACUAUCGGCCCUCAAAACGCCAGCCUGCCAUUCCUCCCACGACGCUGACGUCUACAGCGAUACGGGCUCUUCUUCCGCGCUGGGCCAUGGCGUCUGCCCAAUCUGCUCCACCGAGCUCAACGACCUAGCUCGCAACGUCCCCUACGCACACCAUACCAAGAGUCACGUCGAGCAUGACCUGUUCUUGCUACCGAACGGCAGGGUGUACGGAAAGGAGCGCUUGGAUGAUUACUCCAGAAAGUCGGGCUUGUCUCCUGAUGAGGUCAAGGACCCGGUGACUGGGCAGACGUACCCGGUGGAUCUGCUCAAGAAGGUGUUUAUCACCUAAAGAAAAAGGCCUUCAGACGUUGUUUUUAUUGGGUGUGAAAUUACGCAAGUAUCAGUUUUGGUCUAUGCAAGAUUUUCUUUACACGAUAGCUUUUACUCUGGAAUUGGGACAUGGAUUCGUUUGGCUUUAUGGAGCAGUCUGGUUUGGUAUUUUUUUCAUAUCAAGGGUAUCAAUAAUUUCGUGGGACUUUUGGAAUUCUUGGUGUUAUUGUCUUCUCCUAACCGUUAGCCCUAGCUUUGCUUUUAAAAUCUGGAUAUUGAACAGCCGUACACAUUCUUUAAAACUCCUCAUUAAUUUGCAUUGUGAACAUGUAUUGAACUCCAUCCAAAGAACCCUCUCGUACAAGAUACGAAUCACACACGUCAAGUAAGAAGAAUGAAGACAAAAACAAAGCUUGUAGAGCUACAGCCUCAUUUAACGCAUACAUAAAAAAGUUUGCCUUGUAAAUGACAGUUUGCU